AUGCAUGCUGGAUAUGAACCUCUCUACAUUGAUCAAAUUCCGUUGGAGAUGAUAGCUCGUCAGCGGCAUGGAUUGGUCAUCGUUGCACUGGUGGUGGUGUCAGCCGGCAAUGCGCCGUACGUUCCCAAGCACGCCGAAACGCUGCAGCCAGUGGAAGGCGUGACCAAUAUGAAGAUCGUUGUGGUGAAAUGGCCGAACUUGGAUGAGCAGAUGAAGGAAAUGCGCAUGAAAGACAACCCUAUUUACGCUGUAUCCAAGUAUUUUGACAAUUCGCUGUCGGCCAUGAAGAGCCGCUUCAUGGACAAAGCCGUGGUGCGGCUACGACGUAUCAUCGACAAGGUGCGCAACUUCAGCUUGGGCGAAAUCAACUGGUCGGCGGCGUGGACAAAGCUCAAAGACAAAGUCCAAACGGUGUUCAACAACAACGCGGCGCGCCAGAUGGAGAUGCUCAAGCUGUCGUUCAUGACAUUUGACCAAGUCCGCGACUACUACAACAUCACGGACGCCCCGACCCCAGUGCCCACGCCGGUACAAUGUCCCAUUCCGCGCCUUGCGCUGCAGUUUCAAGGGUGCCCGUACCUGUACGUGACCGACAACAUCGCGCGGCUGUACCAGCCGUACCCUGGCUACACCAUGCACCACUUUGGCCCGCCCACAACUGUGCCGUUGGUCCCUGCGGUGGGGUACCCGUGGCCAUGGAACUCGUCCAUCACUACGAUCGCGACGUUACUCGAGUCGGAUUCGUCCAACAACGACUCCGUGAACGUGGGUGUGAUGCAAGCAAUCGAUGCGAUCCAAAAGCAGUUUCACAUCCCGACGGGAUUGCCCCUGCUGCCCGAGGACGCACCCACGCCAGCAUUUUCCAGUCUGUCUCCACCUCGAAGCAACCCAUGGCGGGAUGCCAUGAUGCAAUUCUAUGGCUACCCCAAGACCUCGGGGUUUAAAGCCAUCACGGGAUUGACGUGGUACCGGUCCAGCGUCACAGUGUUCACGCCACAUCUCGCGGACGCCGUGGUGGCCCUCUCGUCAGCCCCGACCGACUUGAAGCUGCGAGCGACGCACUUGACGACGUUGUUUGACGACGUGUUGGAGGCGGACGUCGCCGGGCUCGUCUACGGCAUCGAGUCCCCGUCCACGGUGUGGCUGUCGUCGUUGGAUCGGCACAACGACGAGUUCACCGACGCGUGUCUGGGCGAGCUCAUCCUGGCCUCGCGCAUGCUCCCGACCGCGCAAGCCGCGUUUGACAAGAUGACAAGACGCAGCGAGCAACAGCUUCGGAACCCCGGCUGUCUCUGGGACGGCUACUCGGCGUUCUUUACAGGGAAGAUGAUGUCCAGUCGGAAACCCCCUGCCACCCGGACAGACCAGCCAAUGUUCAACCUUGCAGCGCAUGUGGCCUUGCAUGUUGCGACGCGAGUGCUGAAUCUCACGGCAACCAAGGCGUCGUGGCGCCAAUCGCGACAGACGACCGUGGAUAAGCACCUACGAGACGCCGUGGAUAUGCCGCUGUCCGCCAUGGGCAGCGACGGGGUCGUGCAUCUGGGCCCCCAGCAAAAAAAGCCGUGUGUCGUGCUGGAGAAGAUCAAAGAGCCAGAGUUCAUGCACGCUGUCCAGCGAGUGCUCGUGCGCAUGGGCGAGAGUUCGUUGCUGUCCGCCUCCGAGAUGGACGUCACGUACGCGUGCAUAUGUCUGCGCGUGCUUGGAUUACACAAGAAGAACGAAGUUGUCGAGUGCAUUGUGCCCCCUGCUACGUGA